GCGCGCGAUGCGGGACGCGUUGCACUGACAUCUUCACAGGUCCCAGUCCCGAUUUACUCCUUCACAUAAUCAAGACUUCCCCGGGCACCCGACACAUCCGCCAUGGCGACGUUCUCGGCCUCGGCGGCGGUGGGCGAGGUGCUCCGGCAGCCCGACGACCUCGUCAAGCUCAGCGCGUUCCGCAACAAGCUGCUCAAGGAGAAGGCGACACUCGAUGCCAAGCUCCAAGAAGGUGUGCGAUCGCAGCUCGACGCGACCCGUGACGCGCUCCUCAAGCUACAGGAGAGCCGCGCGGCCGUUGCUGCAAUCCGCGAGGAGAUGAUAGAGGUCGAGAAGCUGAAGCGCGACAAGGACGAGGGCGAGGUGUUUGAGAAGAUCACGCGCGUCAGUGGCGUGCACCGCAACUUUACGCAGACCGCCAAGAUGGUCAACGAGCUACAAAGCAUGGCCGAUAAGGUCAAUCACCUCGGUGCGCUGCUCGAGGACGACCGCGCGCAAUCUGGUGGACCGAUAGGACCAAGCCCCAAUCUUCUCCCGAUUCAUUUCGAGCUACAGAAGCUCGAGACGUUCCGCAACGAGACGAUGCACGAAGCCAAGCGAGGUUCUAGAGAGGACAAGGCGAUUCUUGCGCGCUGGUUUGAGCCUCUGGACCUGCUCACGCACGCGUUUGAGAGCUGGCUUUGGGAAAUCAGUGCCAACAUGAUCGAGAACGCCGGCGCCGGAUAUGGCGGCACAGUGGUACGCUUGCUCAAGAUCAUCGAGUUCGAGUCCAAGGAGGACGAGAAGGCCGUCGCACUCCGUCUCGUGCGCAAGGUCGCUGCCAACGACGCCGCGUCCAAUUUCCGUUCCAUGCAAGCCAACGCCCGCGUCAUCAAGAACUACCGACACAAGAUGCUCGACGCAAUGGAAGGAAGAAUCAAGUCCAAGUUUGAGGCUGAAUGGGACGGGUGCCGCGGCGACGACCUGGCUUUCAUCCACGGCCUUGACGAAUGGCUAUUUGCCGACGUUGUGCGCAUCAAGGACGACCUCGAGUCGCUGUUCCCGGAGGAUUUCAACGUCGUGGAGUGGUACAUCAAGCGCUAUCACAGAACACUGAACGGGAUGCUCACGCGCAUCGUCGAGGCCGGGCCAGACGCCCAGGUUCUCCUCCAGCUGCAUGCGUGGAUCAAGAAGUACCGCCAGACGAUGAAGGGCGAGGUGCCGAUCGACUGGCUGAGCCCACCGCUGCUUGAUGGGCGAGCGCAGGACCUCAUUGAGGACUACGUUAAGCUCAUCAUCACAAAGCUUGACGAGUGGACAAUCAAUCUGCAGAAGGAGGAGACAAGCAAGUUCCGCCUGCGCGAAGCCGAGCCUCAAGUCACCCCGGAAGGGCUGUUUGGAAUGGACGGCGUAGUGGACUUCUUCCAGCUGGUGAAUCAGCAGAUCGACUUGUCGCUCGAAUCGAAUCAGGGCGCGGUCCUCGCGCGCGUCGUCACCGAGUGCGGGCGUGUCAUGCACCGCGUUCAGCACGAGUGGACCGCGCUCGUGGCUUCAGAGCUGCGCCUCUCGACUGAGAAACGGCCCGAGGAGGUGGCACCUGGCUUGGUGGAGUACACGAUGGCGUUGGCGAACGACCAACUGCGCGCGGCCGAUUACACCGAGGCCCUGCAGGCGCGCCUUGAGCCCCUCGUCAGCGACAAGUACCGGACGACGAUUACGGAGCGCCUCAAUGAAGCCAUCGACGGCUACCUGGACGCAGCGAAGCGAUGCACGAACACGCUCGUAGAGUUUGUGUUCAACGACCUACGCCCCGCGACCUCGAAGCUCUUCACGCCCGAGUGGUACUCUGGCGCGCUGAGCACAUCGAUUAUCGCGACCAUGGGCGACUACAUGUCCGACUACCAGGCGCACCUGAACGGCUCGCUCUUCGACCUGCUCAUUGACGACAUGCUCGACGCCUUCCUCAUAACGUACUUGACGGCACUGCGCCGCGCGCCUGCCAAAAGCCUGCGCAUGCCCAAAGCGACGGACCGGUUGACGCAGGACGUGGGCCAGGCGUUUGAUCUGUUCCAGAACUACCGCGCACCGCAGGACAUCGAGGCGUCGUUUGAGAUCAUGAAGAUUGUCGGAAGCAUGCUCGACGCCAGCUCGGAGAUGUUUGUGCUGGACUGGCACGGGUUUGCGCGCGUGCACGGCCCACAGCUCGCGUUCACUGAGGCACUGUUGCGCGCACGAGACGACCUUGACCGCGGGGACAUUGCGGAUAUCAUGGACGCGCUGCGGCGGCGCGUGACGGAGGAGGGGUUGGGCGAGCCAGAAGAACCGACGAUCAUGGUCCGUAUCCAUGGGCACUCGGGCGCGGCGGGGCUCAUCCGCAACAUCGCGACGUAUGCCGACAACGUGGCUGGCCGCAUGCGGCGGCGCGACUAGACUAGAACAAAGUAGUAGGGCAGGCCCUGUAUCAUGUACACCAUUGCUACGC